ACCACAAUCUCCUACAAAAAAAUCUCUUCUUUCUCUCUCUCUCAUUCUGUUCUUUGUUGUACUAGCAUAUGAGCCACUGAGUCCAAGUACUAAGGUUUUUCUCUUUGGUUUGUCCACAAUGUCUUGUGCUUCAAAAUCUAUGCUUUCUGCAAAUUCAUGUAUAUUUCCUUCUUCUCAGACUAAAUUCCUGAAAAGGGUACACAACUUAAAGUCACUUAACCAUCUCUCCAUUGUCCGAGCUUCUUCUUCUUCUGAAGAUGAAUGCAAUGUUGAAGAAUGUGCUCCUGAUAAAGAGGUUGGGAAGGUGAGCAUGGAAUGGUUAGCUACGGAGAAGACUCAAGUUGUGGGAAGUUAUCCACCUAAAAAGAAAGGCUGGACCGGCUAUGUCGAGAAGGAUACUGCUGGACAGACUAACAUCUACUCAAUUGAGCCAAAUGUUUAUGUAGCAGAAAGUUUGAUCAGUUCAGGAACCGCGGGAACUUCAUCCGAGGGAGCUGAGAAUACGGCCGGUGUUGCUGCUUUUAUAGCUCUAAUCUCGAUUGCUGCGGCAUCGUCUGUUCUUAUCCAAGUCAGUAAGAAUAAACCACCUCCAGUUCAGACAUUAGAAUACUCGGGACCAUCUCUUACUUACUACAUCAACAAGUUUAAGCCUUCGGAAACUAUUGAAACUACGGAAAUCAAAAUCGAAAACUCUCUGGCAUCACAGUUAGAGAGCUCAGCACCAUCAGUCUCUGAAGUUGAGCCAAGUACACAGUUAGAGAGCUCAGCACCAUCAGUCUCUGAAGUUGAGCCAAGUACACAAUUAGAGACCUCAGCACCACCAGUCUCCGAAGUUGAGCCACAAUUAGAGACUUCAGCACCAUCGGUUUCUGAAGUUGAGCCAAGUCCUGUGUCAACUAGUAUGUCUUGAGGGUUCCCCUUCAGAGCUCCUCCGUGAUUUUUCUAUAUCAUUAUAUUUUGUACACUCCGAGUCAAUGUAGAAUCUAUAUACAAAAAUAUCACUGAACAGUAUCCUCUACUUUGUGACGAGUCAAUGUACAAAAAUAUCACUGAACAGUAUCUUUCUUGCUUUCAUUUCCAUUCAAGUUUGCCUA